CCCCUCCGCCCUGGCGGAGCUGGGCCGGGCCGGGGGCGCGGCGGGGCCCGCCGGCGGGAUGAUGCGCUCCCAGUGCCUGCUCGGCCUCCGCGCCUUCCUCGCCUUCGCCGCCAAGCUCUGGGGCUUCCUGCUUUACCUCCUGCGCCGCCAGGCCCGCACCGUGAUCCAGUAUCAGACAGUGCGCUACGAUAUCCUUCCCCUUUCCAAAGUCUCGCGGGAACGGCUCAAUCAGGUGAAGAGAAAGAUUCUCGUCCUAGACCUGGAUGAGACGCUCAUCCACUCGCAUCACGACGGGGUCCUGAGGCCCACAGUGAGGCCCGGCACGCCCCCCGACUUCAUCCUUAAGGUUGUCAUAGACAAGCACCCGGUCCGCUUUUUUGUACAUAAGAGGCCACAUGUGGACUUUUUUCUAGAAGUGGUAAGCCAGUGGUAUGAGCUAGUGGUCUUCACAGCCAGCAUGGAAAUCUAUGGCUCGGCUGUGUCCGACAAGCUAGACAAUAAUAAGAGCAUCUUAAAGAGGAGAUACUACAGACAGCACUGCACUUUGGAGCUGGGCAGUUAUAUCAAAGACCUAUCGGUCGUACAUAAUGACCUGUCCAGCAUAGUCAUCUUGGACAACUCACCGGGAGCGUAUAGGAGCCAUCCAGAUAAUGCGAUCCCCAUCAAGUCCUGGUUCAGCGACCCCAGCGACACGGCCCUCCUCAAUCUGCUCCCGAUGCUUGAUGCCUUGAGGUUCACAGCGGAUGUCCGGUCAGUGCUUAGUCGGAACCUCCACCAGCAUCGCCUUUGGUGACAGCGGCUCCUCCUUUCUUCAGGGUUUGGCCCACGACCUCUGCCUUAUCCCGCCAACGUGCCCGCCCCCCCAUCCUCACCACUUGGACUCUGGCGACCGUAUUUGGACUCAGCGCAGCG